AUGGCCUUUGAGCAGAGGCAGAGGAGUACAGAGCAGGGAAGACUGCUUGAAUUACUGCCGGGAGUCAUGGUGUUGUCUGCCUGCAGCGUGGUGCGUGUGGCCAUUCCAGUCAUCUCAGUGGUUGCCCUGUUAAGCGUGAGCCUUGUGGGGGCCAGCCAGGAUUCCGGGAGUGUCAUCCCUGCGGAAAGUCGUCCCUGUGUUGACUGCCAUGCAUUUGAGUUCAUGCAGAGGGCUCUGCAGGAUUUAAAGAAGACGGCGUAUAACCUAGACACACGGACAGAAACCCUCCUCCUGAGAGCGGAAAAGAGAAGCCUGUGCGAUUGCUUUCGUGCAAUACACUGA